GUUUUUGACAGAUUUUUUGUGUAUGUUGAAAACAAAAGUCCUGUCUGGCUCUUUCAAACAACAUAAUACACAAAACAAAAAUAUAAAAAAUGAGAAAGCCCAUUUAUUCAUUAACGCGAAAACUCGCACGCAUGUCAUGGAACAAAUACAACCUGUACAACAUUGCCAACAAGCGAUUGCAAGAUACGACGAAACUGACACUUUUCCAACAAAAAUGGAUCGGCAAGCGAGAAACACGAGCUUACCACGGUGACGAAGUGACCGAACGUCAAUUCAAAGCCAAGUUCUUCAACCCCAAACUGCCAACUGUCAACAAUGGAUCGGCACAAGAGCAACCACAUCCUGCUGUUUCGGUUCUCACGUUUGCUGAAUUGGAACGACGACUUGAUUUCAUUGUUUUCCGCUCCAACUUUUGUCCCUCUGUUUACGCUGCUCGUCAACUGUGUGUCCAUGGCAAGGUCAAGGUUAAUGGCAAGAAGCUCGCAUUCCCUUCUCACAAAGUCAAGGACGGUGAUGUGAUCUCGGUAGACCCGCAGGCUAUCCAGAUGCUCAAGGGCGAAAAGGGCACAGAGCUCGAGUUUGAGCCCAAGCCAUUCUCACAACCCUUCUUGUUCGUGCCUGAAUACCUUGAAGUCAACUACAAUACGUGCUCUACCGUGUUUUUGCGAUCGCCCAUCUCCAGACCUGGCCGUACCGAAAUCCCAUCCCCCUUCCCUCCCGAGUUCCAUUCGCUUGCUUAUGAGUACUAUGCUCGAGGCAAGUAAAUAAUCAAAGGAACAAAAAAAGUACAUAUCAUACACACACACACGCACACACUUUCUUGUUAUAUAUAGACUUGUUCCGCCAUUUCCCUUUGCUUCCAACAAAAUUCAUCGAAAUAAAGUUGUCU